AGGGCCGACCGGAGGCGCGGGGUUCGGCCGCAGGAGUUGCCGCCGGGUAGGGCCGUGCCGUGCCGUGCCUCCCCCGUCGUUCGCAUCCCGCCGUGCAGCAUCCUCUCGGCUGCCGUCCCUCCCGGGCGCGACCGUUCCCGCCGGUGGUUCCUGUGGCGGCCCCGUUAUUUCCGGCGGCUCCGUGCCCGUCCCGCGGCCGGAGCGGAGCGAUAACGGAGCGGCAGCGGGGGCGGCCCUGCUGGGGGGAGCCGCCGCCGCCGCGUUGCAUCGUGUCGCGACAGCCGCCCAGAGCGCGCAGCCGCUGCCGGGGAAGCCGCUGGGUGCCGGCCCCGGGGAGCGCCGUCCGGCGCGCUGCCGGGGCGGAGAUGGACCAGUCGGUCGCCAUCCAGGAGAGCCUAGCGAGGGGGGCGACCUGCCGGAUCGCGGUGCAGGGCCUGCUGGCGUCGGGGGAGAGUGUGGAGAGCCGGCUGCUGGGCCUGGUGGAGUGCCGCGGGCAGCACGCGAUCUAUGUGUACACUCACCGGCGGAUGGCCAUCACAGCUGAGGAUGUCUCACUGGAGAGAGUGAUCUCCAUCAGCGAUGGGUUUGCAGUGGAAGAAGUUGUACUUGACAGUGACCUUCAUGUCAUUGGCUCUGACGUGACUGUCCAGAUCAGCUCAGCAGACGAUCGACUGACAGUGCAGCUGCCCUUCGGCUCCCACACACGCACGUUCCUGCAGGAGGUCAGCAGGUGCAGCCCAGAAGCGGUUGGCUCUGAAGGUGUCAAACAAAAUGGAAGAAAAGCUGCAGUCAGUCAGAGCUGCAGCCACGACAGCAGUGAUAGAAGCGCUCCCAGGCAAAACAAACUCAAGCCUGAAGUGAGAACUGAACAGGUUCGGGCCUCCCGUGUCAUGGCUUCGAACAAGGCCUCAAUCUUAUCAGAACCAAAGUUUGGACUGAGAGAUACUAUCAUUAAAUCUCAGCUUGUACAAAUGGAGGACUCCUACACACACAUCCGGAACUACAGGGUUUUUGUCGGGACAUACAAUGUGAAUGGUCAGUCGCCCAUGGAGAGCCUCCAGCCUUGGCUGAGGUGUGAUGCUGACCCUCCUGACAUUUACUGCGUGGGUUUCCAGGAGCUUGAUCUGACUAAAGAAGCCUUCUUUUUCAAUGACACACCGAAGGAAGAAGAAUGGUUUAAAGCUGUAACUGAUAGUCUUCACCCAGAUGCCAAAUAUGCAAAGGUGAAACUUGUGCGUCUGGUGGGGAUCAUGCUCCUGUUGUAUGUGAAGGCAGACCUUGCUUUGAACAUCUCUGAGGUAGAAGCUGAGACUGUGGGAACUGGAAUCAUGGGGAGGAUGGGUAACAAAGGUGGUGUUGCCAUCAGGUUUAAAUUCCAUAACACCAGCAUGUGCAUUGUGAAUUCUCACCUCGCAGCUCACACGGAGGAAUAUGAGCGGAGGAACCAGGACUUCAAAGACAUCUGCUCUCGGAUGCAGUUCUGCCAGUCGGAUCCAAAUUUGCCCCCUCUCACUAUUGGCAAACACGAUGUGAUCCUAUGGCUGGGGGACCUCAAUUAUCGGCUGGAGGAACUGGAUGUGGCAAAAGUGAAGCAGCUUGUAGAGGAGAAAGCAUUUCUAGAGCUUUGCCAGUAUGACCAGCUGAAGAGGCAAAUGAAGGCAAAUGCAGCCUUUGAAGGCUUCACAGAGGGAGAGAUCUCUUUCCAGCCAACAUACAAGUAUGAUGCUGGCUGUGAUGACUGGGACACAAGUGAGAAGUGUCGUGUUCCAGCGUGGUGUGAUCGAAUACUCUGGAAAGGGCAGAACAUUGCCCAGCUGAGCUAUCGCAGCCACAUGGCUCUGAAGCUCAGUGACCACAAGCCAGUGAGCUCUGUGUUUGAUAUUGGGGUGAAGGUUGUGAAUGAGGAGCUCUAUCGAAAAGCCUUUGAGGAAAUAGUCCGCUCCCUGGAUAAGCUGGAGAAUGCCAACAUUCCCUCGGUGACACUGUCCUGCAGAGAGAUCCAUUUCAAGGAUGUUAAAUACAUGCAGCUGCACGUAGAGAGGUUUACAAUCCGCAAUGGCCAAGUGCCCUGCCAGUUCGAAUUUAUCAGCAAACCAGAUGAGGAAACCUACUGCAAGGAGUGGCUGACUGCUAAUCCCAGUAAGGGCUUCUUGCUCUCAGAUGCUGAGAUCACAGUUGAGCUGGAGGUGUUUGUUAAUAAAUCAACAGCUACUCGCUUAAACUCUGGAGAGGAAAAACUUGAAGAUAUCUUAGUCUUACAUCUUGUCAGAGGGAAAGAUUAUUUUCUCUCCAUAACAGGCAACUAUUUGCCAAGUUGCUUUGGGUCUCCCAUCCAUACACUGUGUUACAUGAGGGAACCAAUCCAGGACAUGUCAGCAGAAUCCAUUCGGAAACUUACCCUGAUGCCAGUAGACAUGAGUGAUGAUCCUGCCCAAGAUGAAAAGCCUACAGACAUCCCAAAAGAGCUGUGGAUGAUGGUGGAUCACUUGAAUCGCAACGCUUCCCAGCAGGAGGACCUGUUUCAGCAGCCAGGCCUCAGAUCCGAAUUUGAGCAAAUCCGAGACUGUUUGGACAAGGGAAUGUAUGAUACUUUCCUGGGCAGCAACCACUCAGUGGCAGAGGCCCUGCUACUCUUCCUGGAGAGCCUGCCCGAGCCUGUCAUCUGCUGCAGGUUCUACAGCUCCUGUCUGGAGAGUGCCAGCAACUACGGGCUGAGCUGCCAGAUUAUCUCUGACCUACCAGUGUGCCAUAAAAAUGUAUUUGAAUAUCUGAUGGCAUUUCUACGAGAACUACUGAAGAAUUCAGGGAAAAACCAUUUGGAUGUGAAUAUUCUUGCCAGUGUAUUUGGUGGCUUGUUACUCCGACCUCCUCCUGGACAUCCCACGCCUGACAUAGCUGAGAAGAGGAAAGCUCAGCAAUUUAUCCAUCAGUUCCUUGUGAGAGAUGAUUUACCAUGAAUAUCAGAUGCAUUUAAUCUGACUUUUAGACAUUGAAUUACUGUAAAAAUAUUUUUUGUACAUUAUACUGGCACUUUUUUUGAUAUCACAAUAUUUUAUACAAUCUAUUGCUUUUGAAGGCAGAGAUCAGGCAUUUUGACACCUGAUUACGCUGUAAAGUAUAUAAAGUUUCUCAAUAAGCUGUAUGUAGACAAGUAAAAAAUAUGACAGCUGAUAUUUACACUAUAUUUUAUUUAACUUGCUAAAAAACCUGAGAAUGUUUAAGUUCCUGCUCUAUAAAUAAAAACAUCUGGAGCCUUU